AUGGCGACAAGAGUGCUGAUUGUUACGAAGGGCUGUGGCUUGUCUCGCGAAUCCCGGGCUGCGGCCACGGAUGACAACGAGGGCGCUGCCCGUCAUGCGACUCCGGAUCCCUCGUCUACUACUGCUCGCGGUGCACCCUCACGCACGAGUUCGGCCAACACUCCCACCGAACUGAUCGACCGACCCAACCAGCCGUUGCGCGCUGCACCCACUGUCAAGCACUCGCCUCCUCAACUCGCACUAACGCCAUGGACACGGUCGGAACUCGCAAGGCAGCGCGAAGCCUUCUUCGAAACCAGAGUCAGCGGACGACCCGAAAUGUGGGCGGUCAUGAAGCAAGUGUCGGAACUCCUUCGAUCUGGUGACCUGAAGGCGGCGCAAACCAUGCUCGAUGCUAGUGGUGCUACCUGCCCGACUGGCAAAGUCUGUGUCGAGAGAAGAAGAGGUGGACAGAAGAAAGGAGGUGUUUAUGAUGACAAGGGCUUGCUGUACGAGAUGCCUGGCUGGGUAGUGUCUGACCCAGAGGAUCUCGUUGCAGAGCCCCAGAUCGAAGGCAAGGACAUCAACGAAGAGUCGGACGACGAGAUCGACGCCGAAAAGGGCGUUGCCAUGGAGGAGAAGAUUGGUGAUAUGGUGUCAGUCAGAGCGAGACUCAGCGACCGUGGCACUGAUGUAGUGGUCGAGAUGGGCACAAACCAAAAGGUGUCUGUGCUUGUCAAGAAGGUGCAAGAGAAGGCUGGAAUCGAGCAAAAGAUCAAGUUUGCGUACAUGGGCAAGAUUCUCGAAGAAAACAAGGUCUUGAGCCAGACGAGCUGGAAGGAAGGACACAUCCUCAAUGCUCUGGUCUUUGGCUGA